UUUGCGGAUGUAGUGUAUGAACUUUCUGAGUAUUGACAGACACCGGGCCUGUCUGGGAUGGACACUAUUUAUGGCCCUGCUCAGGUUACUGCCAGUGACCUCGUAAAGAAAUGAAGAAUCUCUAUGCACGGGGGGGAUCAAAGGCAGAUGAACCAAGAUGUCUGUUCUCAUUAACCUUCAUGGCAGCUCCAAAUCGAUGACCAAGUCUUGUUUUUUAGUUCAAACCUGUCUGCUGAAUGUAUCCAAAAUCAACACCCACUCCACCCUUCUACCUAAAUUAUGAAGCAUAUCACGGUGUACAAAGUGUAACACCCCCUCCUCUGUAUGUGGUGUAGUCGACGUGAUGGAGCACAGUCUAACCUUAUACUUGCUCCACCGACCGCCAGGGCGCAGCGUAUGUGUGCUUGUGUAAUUAGCGGCGUUGCUGGCAUCUCUCUCUCUCUAUCAUUAACAAACAGGCCCCACAUUUACUGCCUCAGGCCCUGAUUUGGGGUCCUCUGGAAGUUUACCACACCAAAGUUCUCCAUCAGCUAUUCUUGGACGGCAUUAUUUUGCCGUGCCGUGAGUAAUAGUGUGUUUUCCCUCAGAAAUGUUGAUUUUUUUUUUUUUUUUUACCUUUGUAGGUAAAACACAGGCCUUAUGAACUGAAGAAUAGAGCCUUACACGCGUCAGGGCAUACUAGCUCAGGGAGCCUGAAGUUUCGUCACCAAGCUGCCCUGCUUUGACUGACAGCUCCUACUGCCACAUGGCCUUCCCCUGUCCAGCCCAGAGAAGACUGUGAAAGACACAGCAGCCACGUUCAAAAUUACUGCUCUCAUGGCUUGAAAGUAAUUGACAGAUUGCAGGGGCUUCUUCUGGUUGAGGUGAGGAAGAGGAGAAGCAGGAAGAAGACGAAGAGGAGGAGGAGGAGGUGAGCUGAGGUGUGAGUGAAUGCAGCCAUGGCCUGCAGACCCUGUCCGUAGAGGAGCUAGUCAGUGGAAGAGAGAUUAAAGACAACCAACAGGAUGAAACUGUUGAGGAGGUCAGCUUGGCCUUUGCAGGUGGCCUUCUUCGUUGCCUUGGUGAUGCUCUGCGUUGACCCCGUGUCCGCUGGCAACCGUAACCAUCGAGGACCGACAGUCUCAUACCAGGUGAAACAGGGGACAUGUGAGGUUGUGGCUGUCCAUCGCUGCUGUAAUAAGAAUAAGAUUGAAGAGCGCUCUCAAACCGUCAAGUGUUCCUGUUUCCCCGGGCAGGUCGCCGGCACCACCAGAGCCAGACCCUCCUGUGUGGAAGCCUCCAUCGUAGCCCAAAAAUGGUGGUGCCAGAUGCAGCCGUGUAUGGAUGGAGAGGAGUGUAAGGUCUUGCCUGACCUGACUGGCUGGUCCUGCAGCACUGGCAACAAAGUCAAAACCACCAAGGUCACACGAUAGCAAGAGAGCCACUGAGCCACGAGGAAACCUGAAGCUCUCCAUGUGGAAAGGAUGGAUGACUUACACAUAUUUACUGUGCGAUGGGGAAAAUAUCAAGGAAAGGACUGCUGUCAGGCUAUCCAUCACAAAACAAUGGGAUAAAAUGUACUCAUCACAAACUAUGUACACUCAGCUGUGUGGAGCCAAACAUACAGCAUAUUCACUAUGCUGGUUGUUGAGACCAAUGGACUACAAUCAUGGACACCCAGGGUACAUCUGGACAAAAUGGACUCUUUUCCAAUAAUGGACAAAGUGUGGAUUGAUCAAAAAAAGGUCAAUUUGAAACACUGAAUAAGCAUUUCAAAGAAUAUAUUUCAACAAAGCAUUUGUGGAUGAGUGUGAGAUGUGAACUAAAAGCUGUGCUUAGAGUGCUACUGGACACAAUCCAGACCUGCUGUCAAUAUGUAGAGCUUAUACUGGAGAUGGUGGAGACAAUUUGGAAGAAAUGGAAGCGACAGCAGCUCAUAACUAGCAAAUAGCAAAUUAGCAUCAAAUUGCUCUUGUGGGUCAAGUCACUACCAUGAAGACUGUUUUGCAAGAGUCAUUUUGCAGUUCUAAUUAGGAAUUGCAGUGUAGGAUCAUAACAACAUAUUAAAAAUUCAUGUAAGAUAUUUGCACUAGUUGAAACCGUUUGGGAAUGUUUUGUUUUUCUAGAUAUCUCCCAUCAUUGGCUGUGGAUGUCACA